UUGAGCCCAGAACGCAAACCCGAGAGCGAACAGUUUCUGAAGUCCCUUUUCCCGCCACGCUUUGAAUAUAUAACCGUCUAGAUUCCCACACACUCUUCUGCAGGGUUCUAAAAGCUCUCUCCAGUGUUCUCUCUCAUUCGACGAAAGCCAAGCACUCAGACCGUUUGCCAUAAUUCAAAGUUCGACGACGACGACCUUGUCACUGAUUACCUAGGGUUUUCAAGCAAGUAAUAACGGCAAAAUUCGAUUCUCAUCGGGCCUUUGAUAACUCACUGAAUCAAAGCCAAUGAAGCUGCAGAUCAACAAAGCUUGUGAUCUCAGCUCCAUCUCGGUCCUUCCUCCUCGUUCGAGAAGAUCAAAUUCCAUGCCAACUGGACCGCAAGGGUCACAGCUUCAAUCACAAUCAUCGCAGCAAUCAUUGUCGCAAGGUCUUUCAUCUCAGCAUGGCAUGUUUUCCCAGCUCUCUCAAAACUCUCUUAAUGAGGUUCUGACAAAUGAUCAGAAAUUCUGUUCUCAAGAACGAGAGAACUCUGUGAAGAAGAUUUCUUUCUUGCCGCCACCAAGUUGUUCACGAGAAGAGAAUCAAAUGCUCAUCUUAAGAUCUUCGGCAAAUCCAAUCCGCAAAUGGAGUUCUGCUUCUGUUCCAGAUCAUAGAUGUCAGAUUAGUGAAGAACUUGAACAUCGGAUUGGAUUGAUAGAAACUUCACUAAGCAGAUUAGGAAUGAUUUUGGAUUCUGUUCAGAGUGAUGUCAUGCAAGCAAACAAAGGAACGAAAGAAGUUUCAUUGGACACGGAAAGCAUACGACAGAAGCUCAUUCUUCAUGAUAGCUUAUUGCAGUUAAUGAAAGAGGGACAAGAAGAUGUCAAGGCUAGUCUUGCUGGGGGCUUUAGAAUGAUAUCUGAUCAGCUAAGCAAAGAGACAUAUCAAGACAAGUUACAGAAGAUUUGCUUGCAGGUGUCAGCUUUUGGACAGCAGAUGGAAGCAUCUAUGUUGAAACUACAAGAUAAACUCAGCAACAUUCUCACCAAAGAAAUGCAGUCAAUAGCUUGCAGGCUGAAAACUACUGACUCAAAAGAUCUGACGUCGUCCAUCCUUCUACCCGAGGAUACCGCCCACUGUGCUACUCCACAGAGACGUGCACAGCCCCCUAAUAAUUUUGCAGUGCCUCCAAAGUUGUGUGUGCAAGCUAAUGUAGUUCCAAAGAUGGAAUCGGAAGGCUGGAAGUCAGUAAAAGCGGGAAAAGCGGAUGCCAAGGACGGGGCAUCGAACAAGGUGCAGAAACAAGACGUGGUUUCCCUCAAGCAGGAAAAAGGUUGUAGAAUCAACAUUGAAUCGGAUGAGGAGAUUGAUGGAGGUUUUUCCUGGUUGCUUGAAGAAAAAGAAACAGGCAUAGGAAAGUGUUUGAUCGAGGAGGCAAAGGAAGAGACAGAACGGAUUUUGAAGAAAGCCAGGAGGCAAAAGAGAAAGUACCGGAAUCCAAUAAUUAUUAAUUGAAGGUGCAAGACAUCUGAAAAGACAGGCUUUUCGAGUAGUUCUAGCUGAAUGACCCUUGGUGCACCCCCUGCCACGACUUCUGUCAUACUUGGGAGUUCGAUUAUUUUGGUACAUUUCUUUCCACACCCCAUGAAAUUGUUUUUUCUUUCCCCUUCAGAUCAUUUUUAUCAGUAAGUAAAGAUUUCCAGAGAGCUAGCUUUGUAACUAGGUCUUCGCACAACUUGGAUAAAUUUCCAUUGCGGAAUAGUAAGUACUGUUGUCCCAUGAAAAUGAAACCAUAUUUCUUUAAACCACCAGAAAA